UUGACAAAAUAAAAUUUGACACUUGUUUUGACAGUCUUUGACAGUUGACUUUCGUUGUGUGAUGUGUCUAAAAAUGUUAAAAAUAUAAACAAUGUGUUUUAAAUUAGUGGACAGACAGCAGAAACUAAAGGGUUAAAACAAUCUGAAAUCAAUCCCUUUUGCUAAAAAUGGCCACUCAGGAAAAAUUGUUAAAAUCGUUAGAAGUCCUUAAAAGUUUAUCGGCACCUAACCAAACAUUUGAUCCCUCAAAGAAAAAGGACAAAAUUCAACAUUGUCACAUAGUCACUGAAGCAAUUUCGAAUUCAACAAUUAAAAUCGCUCCAAGUUUUUCAACUUAUCUCAGUAUAACCAUUGAGGUUCUUUUACAAUUAUGUGACGACCAGGAGUCUGAUGUGAGGAUGACAGCGGGGGAUUGUCUUAAUAAAGUUAUCAGAGCUAUGAACGAUGGGAACAUCGGUAAAGUACAAAUUGAAUUACAUAAAGGGAUCAAACAAAAUGGUUCAGCUCGAUCGUUGCGAGCCGCUCUUAGACGGUUUUCACAAUUAGCACACUUGAUACGGCCCCACAAGGGCAAACCGUACGUAGUUAACCUUUUUCCAACUUUAAUUAAAGUCUCGCAGAGGCCUGAGGAACAAAUACACGAAACUUUAGCUAAUAGUUUGUUACCAAUAAUGAAGGUUUUGGGGAGUUUUUCAUCGGAAAAUGAAAUAAAAGAUUUAUUGAAAGGAUUCCUGAAAAACAUCUCACACUCUUCGCCUGUUAUCAGAAGGUCUGCUACUGCUUGUAUAUUACAUGUUUGUCUGAAUUGUAGAAAACCGAAUAUUCUAAUUGUAUACGUAAUUAAUUAUUUGUUAGAUUUAUUAAUUCCAGUCAGUGAUAAUCAAAGUAGUUUUUUAAUAUUGGGUGUUUUGGCAUGUUUGAAAAAUUUAUUGCAACAUUUAAACGAUAAUAAAAAGCGCGAAACUAUUGAAACACAAAAAACAGGAGAUUAUGCUUCCAUAUCCGUGGAUAAAUUGUUACAAAUUUAUGAGUUGUGUCUUCACUAUUUUUCUAAUAAGGAUCAUAAUGUUAUGAACGCAGCUUUAGAAACUUUAAAUAUUUUACUCCAGAAUUGCUCCCCUGAACUGAAACAAAUUUUAUUGAGCGAAAGUGGCAUAGAUAAGAGUAGAAUUAGUUUACCAACUUCGUAUUCAAUGUCAGCACUGCGUUCUCCAAGUCAGUUAAGUGUUGCCACCAGUACAGCAAAUGAAGAUUUAUUUCUUGAAUCUGAACUAACAGACACUAUAAGGUCAGAUAUAGAAAAAUGGAUAGACGAGUCAAAACUUUCAGUAAUAAAUGUAACGUGUGCCAAAACUAACGAACUAGAAAAGUCGUUAUCAGUUGAAAGUAAAAAUUCCUCACUCRAUGUAUCUUUAACACAACUUGAUAAUUUUGAUUAUAAAAUUUCUGAAUACGUAGGAAGUAAGAGUCACAGUGUGGGCGAUAAUCUAGAAAAACUCACAAUAAGUGACGAUUCUUCAGAAAAAAGCUACUCUUAUAUUGAGGAUGACAAGAAUUUUGAAACGCAUUUUCCAGACAUUGUUAUUGGUAAUUUUCUAGAUACCGAUAUUUCACUAGUCUAUUGUGCGAGACUAAUCACCAAAUCGUUUCUUUUGUCAGGCCAGAAAGGCGUUUGUAUUUCAGAUAAGUCAGUCCGAGUUUCCGUAAAAUCACUGGCUUUGACUUGUCUAGCCUCAAUUGUUCAGAUCUACCCAAAAAUAUUCCUUCAGUGUUUGGGUAAAAAGUGUAAAUCGAAAAAUACUCAUUUACCAAUUGCUGACUUAAUAUUGUAUGAAAAUCACACCGACCCUCAAUUAAGAGGCGUUUUUAGGACGCUCUUAUCCAAAUUUAUUACGGCUGUGUUGAGUGAAACUGAGUCGAAUUACGAUAAUUGGAUUGAGAAGAAUUGUUGCGAUGGCAAUAUUGCCCGACUUCAGUUGGAUUCUCUAGUGAAAAUAAUUAUAAAAGGGUUAGAAGACGAAUCGUCCGGUUGUGCGCGACAAACAAUCAUAAGUUUAGAUUUUUGUUUAGAGAAAAUUGCAGAAUCGGCUAACAAUAUUCACGUUUUACCAAUUUUAAAUUGUCUGCUACUCUUAGCAAAAAAUCCAUACUGGCUUGUGAAAGUUGCUUUGUGUGAACUCGUUUCAAAACUUCCCUACGUCACUAUUUACGAUAUCACUGGUUCUAGUGAUUUCCAAAACCGAAUAAUUGAUGAUGUUUUGUUUAAAUUUUUACAAAAUGAUGAUGUCCGAGUCAGGAAUGGGGCCGCUAAUGCUAUUGUUUCGAUAAUUCCGUUUCUGUAUCAUGAACAAUUUUAUUUAGGAGAAAAUUCUGUUACAUCCAAAGCCAUUUAUUACAAAAAGUUGUUUUUGUCAAAUCUCAGUGAUAAAAAUACGGAGAAGGAUUUAACGAAAAAACAUCUCAUUGAUAACAUGCCGUCUCCGUUUAGUCAUAUUUUACAAGAAAGCUGUGAUAGAACUGAACAUUCUUUAUCGAAAGUUGUUACGAAAUUGUAUCAUUUUUUACUAACCGCUACAUCGAACCAUUUUAUUUAUGGUUGCUUAGAAACACUAUCACUUCUUUCAAACGCCUAUCCUACUACAGUCUACGCUAAAGCCUGGAAUUGUAAAAUAUUUCCAACAGAGAAAGAAAAUUCASAUGUUACUUUAGAUUUAUUUAACAUUUGCAUAUAUUUACUGAGCCAUUCAGUGAUUUGCUACGACUUGACGUGUCAUUUAAACCUCCUAAAUCUCUCUUCCAAUCUGUACGCAGGAUACGCCCUCAGCCUCAUCAGACCCAUAUCUGAGAGUGAGCCAUCAAACCAGCCAUGGGACAUGUUUUUCAACCCGAAAUUUUCCAAACUCAGCGACCAUUAUCUGUCCCAUUUAGUGAAACUUCUCAAUAUUUUUCACUACGUUCUAGAUGACAUCUCUCCGAGUCAACUCCUAUCAAAACCGGGUUUACCAAAUUUAUCAACAGCAUCGCCAAUAAAAAGACGGAAGAGUGACUUGGAGAAGAAGAUCUUAAGUCCGAGUAAAACAUCGGAAAAGGAAGAUAAAGACAAGAAAGAUUUAAAAUGGUCGUUUUUGCAUCUUCCACAUUAUAUGAAAUUUUAUGACCUUCUGCGACAGGCGUAUACCAAUUAUAAGAUAACGUUAGAGAGCGAAGCAUGUGUGAAAUUUUCGGGGUUGUUAAAACAGACGCUUCACUCGUUUUCGGUUUUGAUGGAAGUGGGGACUUUAGUUGAGUUUCAAGGGAUUGCGGAAGAUAUUUUGACUUAUUUCCGCUUUACCUUCACGCUGGAGGCUUCAGCGACGGUGGAGUGUGUGCAGCAGUUACUUAAGUGUUUGUUUGGGAAUAAUUUGACAACUAAUAUUAGUUUAAUCAGAGAAAUAAAUAAGACACAGGAAAUGAGCGAACAAUCAACUGGAUUUUAUCACAACUUGUACCAAAAGCCAUACGAUGAUGUUUCUGAGUGUUUCAAUUCGUUUAAAAAUAUUCACAAAGUGGACUGUGAUGGGGACAGCACCCUUAUGGGUUACCUUCACCGGCGUGACCUCAAACCAUUGACUGUGCGAAAUUCGGAUAAAAUUUUGGCCAAUUAUAUCCGAAUUUUUGAGCCAAUGGUCAUCAAAUCGUUGAAACAUUACACUAUUACAAGCGACGUUAGAUUGCAGUGCAAAGUGUUACAAUUGUUGAACCAAYUGAUUCAACUCAGGGUGAAUUACUGUCUUCUCGAUUCUGAACAGAUUUUCAUCGGAUUUGUUUUGAAACAGUUUGACUACAUCGAAAAAGGGCAAAUUCCGUUCGCUAACGAUUUAGUGAAAAAAAUYUUCCAAUUCUUAGUCCAGCUUUCUCAUAGUAAGCAACACUCCAAAAGCAUUAUAACGGUACCAAAAAUCAUUCACUUGUGUGAUGGUUUGAUGGCAAGCGAGCAGUCACCUUUGACACAUUGCAUACCUGCUCUUGAGCCUAUUGUUGAAAAUAUUUUUUUGACUCGGAAUAAAUCAAGCUCUGUCGAUGCUAAAGAACUGGAAACAACACGAGAUGUCGUACUGUCGAUGCUGUUGCGGCUGUAUGAGUAUCACGAAGUUAUUGAUUUGAUUGCUUUGAUUUUGGACGAUAGUAAAUAUUGUUCCAAUUCGGAAAAGUGGCUGCGGUGGUCGACUCAAGUGAMUGAURUGAUUUUACCAAUGUUGAAACAGAAUAAAAUUAGACUAGAGAGURCUCAGGCUUUGRUUUCCAUGAGACGAUUGAUUUUUGUUCUAGAACCGUCUGUGUUUGAACCUAUUGAUGGUGUUUUGCUUUUGUUAUUUCAAGAACCAUUGGUUUAUGAUAACUGGCAAUUUUCGUAUACCCGAAGACUAGCGAAAAUUUUGAUUGGUCUGUUAGUUUUAUCACCAGUGAAAGAAGAAACUCUCAUUGCAAAAAUAAAUGAAUUGAAGGCGGAGUUUGCUCCGGGGAGUAUUUUUGAAAAUUGUGCACCCACAGCCGAUCCUUUGAAUGUUAUAAAUAGUGUUGAUAUUUUUCGGGAAGUUUCUCCGGAAAUGAUUUUUGUCCGAUUUUUAUUCCGGGUGCUAAACCUCGCAUCUAGGUUUUGUGCUGAGAUUACGAAAGACGGAACAUAUGAUUUUUUUAUUGAGGAAAUUUCGAUUUUUCUCAUGUAUUGUAUUCAUAUUUUUCAAUCAGGGAGUCAUUGUAAAAUUGCAAUUUAUACUAUUUCUAAUGUUAACGUCGCUCAAGUGGAGGAUAUUAGUAAUAAUUUUUUGAGAGUUGGCCACGAAUAUCCGCUGCUAAUUUUUUUGUGGUCUUACGUUUUGACAAUUUUGAAUUACAAUGAGAGGAAAUUUUGGGGUAAAGUUGCAGAUUUGCGUUCGGCUUCGCCUUCCAUAAACCAGAAAAUUUUAUCCACUGGCAGCAUUAUUUUAUUUUGUGAUUAUAUGAAUCAGGAUGUGUUAAAAUUGGACCAAUUAUCCUGGUUUUUGACCACUUACGUCACUCAAGUCGUCCAGUUAUGCGACGAGGACCCUAUUUUCGAAUUUAUUUCAUCAGUUCACCGCAACAGUGCUACCAGUAAAAUUUUUAUAGACAGUUUGAUGACCAGAAAUUUAGAUUCGAAAGACCCAGUUUUUGUGGUACAAAUUUUAAAAUCAGUUGAAAACACUCAUCCUUGUCACACUGGACCUCUCCUCAAACUUCUACUCCCAAAACUUUUAGUUUCGAGAGAUUUAGCGGUGUCUAGACUAGUAGCAAACYUAGCAAGUCGUAAAAUCGAGCUACUUCUCACCAUGUCAAUGGCAGAAGUACACGAACAGUUAUCCAAAGAAGAUUUACUAGCAAUUAUUAAAAAAAUUGCAGCUUUGAAUUUAGUGAGAAAAAACGAGGCUUUAUCAAGUCUUUUGAAUAAAUUAUGUACACAAUAUUACGAUAUAAGUCCGCUGGAAUUUGACCAAAAACGUUCUGUGAAUCCCGAUUAUAUCAAAAAACUUGAAAUCAAUAAAAAUUGGUAUUUGGCACAAAUUCACGAUAAAUGUAACAGCAAAGAAACAGCUCAACUUUUAACACGACUGGAUUAUGAAGAGUUGUGUAAUUUUUUUCGUAAUGCGGAUUUUAGUAAAGUUGUUUUUCAAGAAUGUCUCAGAUUGGGUUUAGAUAGAAAUAAAACUGUUGAGCCGCUGAUAACAGCAACUGUCACUUGUUUAUUGGAGGAAGUGACGACUAUCUGUGAUCAAAUCCCGACGGUGCAUCAGGUUUUUAGUGUGCAAGGUCGCGAGCCGACGUUUGAAGAAUCUGAAUUUACAACAACACUGUCCCAACUUUUUGAUUCGAAAUUUUUGACUCAAAUUUACGACUUGAUUCCGUCUAUAACAUUCUGCAUUGAUCAGUUACCUGAAAUCAAAGUUUCGGACAUUAGCGAGGUCCUCGUGAAAUUUGGUGUAAUUUGUUUAGAGUCAAUAAACGACUUAAUUGAUCGUGAAAAUUUUAAUCUAAAUUAUAUCGACUUGGCUAUCCAYUGUUGUGAGUCCGUACUUAAAGAAAAAAAAAUAUUUUGUGUGUUAAAUCAAGAGUCCCACAUAUCAUGGUUGUGCUCCAUCAUUAAUAGUUUAUAUAAAUUAGUUGUAUAUUUAUUAUCAGAUAAGGAACAGUUACCCACGAUAUCAAGAAGUGUUUUACAAACUACCCCGGUGGGGGAGGCUUGUUACCAAAUGUAUAUUCUAGUAACCUGGUUGUACAAAAACUCUGAAUCAAUCAUUCCGAAACUUCUAUUCAAACCGAUCAAAAAUAUCAUUGUUUCGUUAUCGCGACUGUCCGCUGUUAACUCCUUUGUGUUGAUACCGUCCCAAGUGCUGAAAAGUGGGUGGACCCCUGAACUUGUAGGGACUUUCCAGACAGAGGUCCCGUUUUUACCCAUCGAAUACCUUCAAGAAAUUGACGUACUGGAAGAAUUCAUCUUUAGAACAACAUUGCUAGGCUGGACCUCACGACAACAAUUUGAGGAAACCUGGAUGUGUCUUUUGAGCGUUUUGUGCAACAACUUCGAAGAUAAGGACUCGUUGGUGGUGCAAGAUAUUGUGCACGCGUCCAGCUUAGCGGUCAAAGCAAUUACGGCACUUCUAGUACAAACUUUGUAUUUUCCGACUCCCGGAAAUACCAAUUUGUCGGAAUUAAUUCACGUUUCGAGGUAUCCAAACACAACGAAAAGCUCAAUCAGUGAUGAAAAAUUGAGAAAAAUUCAAAAUACAAUUAAACAGAAAUAUCAAGAAGCUGGUUAUCUGCCAGAAAUUGUAAAUAUUUUUGAACAUUUGAAUUUCGAAAAACGGGCCAAACACUACUGUUAUGGACAAAUGUCUGUAAAAUAUCUCUCAAUAGCGGCAAAAAUUAUCGAAUUUGAUGAUAAGUGCCCAAUUGCGAAACUUUGGAAACACAGAGAAGAUUUAUUAGAGGUUUACGGUUUAGAUAUUAAUUCAUGUUUGCAGUUUUUGCUGGAUUAUUACACCCAACAAUUGAAAAAUCAAGGGUCAACACCACUACGUUUCUUGUACGAAAUUGUCAGGUCAAUUGUGAUUAUUUCCGAUUUAUUUACCGAUAAAUCACAGUUUAAUUGGAUGUUGGAAAUGUUUCUAGAAUUGUCGAAGUUGCAUACAGUUGAAGAUGAGUUAUUACAUCAGUAUUUAAUCGUUGGGAUUUCGAAAGCCACAGCUGUUUUAACACCGGAUUUGGAGACUUAUGAAACAAUUAAAAAAAUGUUAACACAAUAUUUGAAAAGUUCUUUUUUGCCGUCGAGAAUAGCAUGUUUGCACGGCCUUUUGUACCUUUUGGAAGGUUGCAAAUUGAGUAAUAUUAGUAUUGGGGGAAUUUCAGAAGAAAUGCAAAUUAUCUUACCGUGCGCUACAGAGUAUGUACAGUGUAAUUUGAAUUCAAGUAACGAAAUCUUGAAACGUUCCCAAGAACAUACAAUUUUAGUCUGGACUUUGACUUUUUUUAUUGUGGAAAAUAUUGAUGAAACUCAUCUCGAGUCAAAUUUUAUUCCAAAUAUUUUGUCAACUGCGUUCACAGUCUUAUUACAGCAAAAGCCAACGAAUAAUUUGCAAAUAAUUUUAAUGAAAGCUUUAGAACGACUGGUGAUAUUUAAGAGAAACAUUACUAAAAAUAUAAGUAAACAAAUAAUGAGUUUAGCUUUGGAAAAAACAAAAUCCGAAAAUCCAAAUGUUUCAAUUUUAGGAUUACAGCUACUUCUCAGCUAUAUGUACACAGACUGUUCCGAGCAACUCGAAGCUGUUGGUAGCCCCACAAACCCUGACCAUUUAGUACAAACAAUCGAAAAAAUCUCGGCAAUUUUCGAACACAUCAAACGGGGUUACAUGUCCCAAGUUGAAAUAUUAUGUUACGUUCUCCCCGACAUACUCAACGACUUUUUUUCACCUGCUGAUAUCCUCACGAAAGUGAUAAGUGAGUUCUUAUCGCCGCAGCAACCUCAUCCUCAACUUUUGAGUAAAGUCGUUUUUCGGGUUUUCGAGCGGGCCAUUGAAGAGAAACAACUUCCGUUACUUCAAGACUGGGUGGUCUUUAGUCUUUCCAAUUUCACUCAAUCGUUGUCAGUUGGAAUGGCAACGUGGUGCUUAACGUGUUUUUUUAUAAGUGCAAGUKCGAACGAGUGGCUGCGUUUGUUCUUUCCUUAUGUACAAACACGUGUCGGGAGAUACGAGUACGAAGACAGGAAAAUGUUGUGUAUAGCAGGAUCGGAUUUUUAUAAGAAUUUAACCAACCAAACUCAGAAAGAUACGUUUAUUGAAAAUUUUAGGAAAAUUAAGGAUCAACCCGACACGCUGUUUAACGAUUUGUUAUUGUCUUUGUAGGUGGAUGUAAAUAAUAGGAAUUUACAAAUUUAAUUAUCUUUACUGGAUACGAAAUAAAACAAAUUUAACAUU